AUGGCGAGCAGCACUGGCUGCUUUGAGGGUGCGGCAAUGUUCGCCUUCGACCCCGCACCUGAGAAGAUUUUGCUCCCCGACGUUCUCAGACAGCCAAUUUCAAAGGAUCUCUCCGAGCCUGUGGUUGCAAGGCUGAAUCCUCCACCUUGUGUGAUGUGCAAUGAACCGGGGGUGAUGAAAAAUCCAGGACAUUUUCUUUCUGAAGGAGCUGACACCACCACAUUUUCAGCCUUUCCCUCGCAGAAUGACCUGGAUUUGAUUGAGAGAUACAAACAGGGAGUAAUAAACUCAGUGUCUGCCUUGCAUCUGUUUGCCAAAACACACCACCUGCAGCUUGAAUUGAAAGAAACCAGCGUGGCAGGCGACGUCAUAAGGCCUUACUUUGCCUUUUGUGCUGUGAUAAAUGGGGUUUGCUACAAGACUGGGCUGGGAAAGAACAAGAAGGAAUCUAAAUUAAAUGCAGCUAAACUGGCUCUUGCUGAGCUACUCAACUUGGAGAAUACAGGGGCAAAGUCUUUUGAAGAUUCAGCUUUUUCCUGUGUUCCUGCUGAGCCUCGACCUCCAGGAAACUCUGCUUGUGUUUCAAGAACUGGAGGAGAACAUAUCUAUCAAAAGCUCUCACAAAUGCUGGAGGAAGUGUUCAACCGCCUGACUAGCCAACACCCCGAGUACCAAAGCUGCGGCAGCUCCCUGGCUGCCUUCAUCAUUGAAAAGGGUGGGCAGCACGAGGUGGUGGCUCUGGGGACAGGAGAGUGCAACUACAGCCGGCGCGUGGAGUCCUGCGGGAGGCUCCUGCACGACAGCCACGCCAUCGUCACUGCCCGGCGCUCCCUGCUCAGAUACUUGUACAGGCACCUUUUGCUGUUCUAUAACAAAAAUCCAGCCAAGGCAGAGAGAUCCAUAUUUUGCACAGCACCAGGCUCGAAGCUGCUUACCUUAAAGCAGAACAUAACUCUGUCUCUCUACAUGAACCAGCUUCCAAAAGGAACUGCUCAGUUAAAAUCAGAGGUGCAUCUCGGUCCCCAGUCCAUCUCUGCUUACGAAGCCAGCGAAGAGCUGAGUCUGCACGUUGCCCUGGAAGGCAGGAUUUACCUGGCUGUCUGCUGUCCCCCCAAGACUGUCAGAGUGAGCAGCAUGUCAGCUGGGGACAAACUCACCAAGUGGGAGGUGGUUGGUCUUCAGGGAGCCUUGCUGAGCCACUUCAUCGAACCCGUGUACAUCAGCAACAUUCUCGUGGGAAAUGGAAGCUGUAAGGACACAAAAGGACUGGACAUUACCAUAAAGCAGCGUCUUGAUGAUGAACUCAUUUCGAAGCUUCCUGAGCAUUACCUGGUCAACAGAUCUCACAUUUACUUGGUGAAAGCUGCACUGCCAAUCCAAACAGAUUUGAACCAGUGGUCGCUUAGUUUGAAUUGGACAUUGUCAGAUGCAUCCUUAGAGGUUGUGGAUGGAUUAAGUGGGAAAACCACUGAAAGCUCCCCGUUCCGCAGCGGCACCUGCCUGGCCAGCCGCCUGUGCAAGGCCGCCAUGUUCAGCCGCUUCAGGAUGCUCGCCAGGGAAGCAGCACGGGCCGACCUGCUCCAGUUCCCAACGUACCAUGAGGCAAAGAUUAAAUCUCAGUUGUACCAGGAAGCCAAAAGCUUGCUGCAGAGCUACCUAGAGCAGCACAGCUACGGAUCGUGGAUUGUGAAGUCUCCGCAUAUUGAACAGUUCAGUGAUUGA